AUGCCUGGAAACCGAGACACUAUCAUCCAGCUCCUCGAGCGUCUCAAAGAGGAGAAGCACCCUGGUGCCCAGACCCUGAAGGACUACAUCAAUGAGACCUCCAACCUCAAGGACGUCAUGAUGGCGGUUGUUAAGGACAUCGUCGCCGCGAAGAAUGAUCUCGGUCUCACCGGUGGCCGUGCUGCCGGACUCAACGCUUGCCGCGAGGAACUCUGCUACGCCUUCGACAAGCACUGCUGCACCACCGAGGAUGGCUACGACCGUCUCUACCACCCUCGAUUCACCUGCCGCAUCCAGACCUUCAAGGUUCUUGCUGCCGAGGAACAGGUCGAGGUCGUUCUCCGAAUCCCGCUUCGCGAGUACAACGACUCCCCCCAUGUCCUCGAGCCUGGCAAGUGCGAGGUCUCCCUCAUCGUGAAGGAGAACUAGCUGAGCGCUCGCUUAUGAUUUUGACCCGAUUUGGAGCUUGGGAAAUCAUCACAGGGGUGUAGACAGAGACAGAGAGACAGAGGCGUAGAAAGCACAGCGAGAUCAGAUGGUCCAGACAGACUUCUAGCUAUAGAAUAAAACUUGGCCUUUGCUUAGGACACA